CCAUUGGGCUUACACAUGGGCCAAUCCAUUAGCGGGAAAACAACCUCGGGCGUCUCUGCUCCUGUCCUUCGUCUGUCUUGUCUCAACUCAGCUGAAGCGCACACUGCAAUUCUAUCCCCUCUCGCUCUCUCCUCUCUACCUUCUGCAACGAUGCUGGCGAAGCCAUGUUCCCUCAUCAUCCUUCAACCGUGCGUCGCUGCCUGCGCGAAACCUUUCUUCUUCGACAGCUUCCAGUUCCUUUCUCGCGGAGUUCAUUGCUCCGACUUCCGGCCACUGCUCUCUGCUUACCCUCGGUACCGGUCCUCCAUAUCGGCGGCACAGUCUCAGGUUGACAGUGGCGGACGGACCGGAGCUUUGACUCCUUCUCCGGUUGCCGAUGGAGUGGCGCAGAAGAUUGAUGUGAACCCUCCCAAGGGUACCAGAGACUUCCCUCCCGAGGAAAUGCGCCUCCGCAACUGGCUCUUCCACAAUUUCCGAGAGGUGUCGCGAAUAUUUGGCUUCGAGGAGGUUGAUUUUCCGGUGCUCGAGUCGGAGGCUCUUUUUGUCAGAAAAGCUGGAGAGGAGAUAAGAGACCAACUGUACUGCUUUGAAGAUCGGGGAAAUCGACGUGUUGCAUUGAGGCCUGAGCUCACCCCUUCUCUGGCAAGGCUGGUGAUACAGAAAGGAAAAUCGGUCUCCCUACCAUUGAAAUGGUUUGCUGUAGGACAGUGUUGGCGAUACGAGAGAAUGACUAGGGGCCGGCGUCGUGAGCAUUAUCAGUGGAAUAUGGAUAUUAUUGGUGUGCCAGAGGUUACAGCCGAGGCUGAACUUAUUUCUUCUAUUGUUACAUUCUUCAAGAAAAUUGGGAUCACUGCAUCUGAUGUUGGAUUUAAAAUCUCCAGUCGAAAGGUCUUGCAAGAAGUUUUGGGAUCCUACUCUGUGCCAGAAAAUUCAUUUGGAAAAGUUUGUGUCAUCAUAGACAAGUUGGAAAAGAUUCCAGUAGAUGAAAUCAAGAAAGAAUUGAAACUCGUUGGGAUGUCAGAAGUUGCAAUCGAGGAGCUACUACAAGUUCUUUCUAUAAAGUCUCUUGAAAAACUGGAAGAGGUACUUGGAGGUGGUGGGGAAGCCAUCUCUGAUCUCAAACGAUUGUUCUUUCUCGCUGAGAAGUUUGGCUAUUCUGAUUGGAUCCAGUUUGAUGCUUCUAUUGUCCGUGGCCUUGCCUAUUACACAGGAAUUGUAUUUGAGGGUUUCGAUAGAGAGGGCAAGCUGCGAGCUAUAUGUGGAGGUGGGCGAUAUGACAAAUUACUCUCUACCUUUGGUGGUGAUGAUAUACCAGCAUGCGGCUUUGGAUUUGGGGAUGCCGUUAUAGUAGAAUUGCUCAAGGAGAGGGGUCUUCUUCCUGAGUUGAGCCAGCAAGUAGAGAACAUCGUGUGCGCACUUGACCAAGAUCUUCAAGGAGCUGCUGCUUCCGUUGCCACAAAGCUUAGAGAGAAAGGCCAAACUGUUGAUUUGGUCUUGGAGGGCAAGCCCCUGAAAUGGGUGUUCAAGCGGGCUGCUCGUAUAAAUGCUCAGAGGCUGAUACUUGUGGGAUCCUCCGAGUGGCAAAAGGGUAUGGUUAGUGUGAAAAUUCUCUCGUCUGGUGAGCAAUACGAGGUUGAGGUCGGCAAGUUAGAGUGAUAUUAGUUUCAAUUACUUUUCAGGGGUCGCCUCUCUAAUGCUUACUUUCUUCACUUUCUAUUUUGAUGAUCAUUAUAGGGUUCAGUUUGAUUAUUUACUCACUCACCCCCGAACCAAAAUCCAACAAAAAGACAUACAUUGAUUUGUUCACUUGCUUAGGUAGAUACAAUUCACACCAAUGAUGCAAUCUUUUUUUUGUCACUGCUUUUGUAAUCUCUCUGUGACUCUGGUAAAGAAUUGUAAGGAGCUCGACUGUAAAGCUAGCUUUCAGUAAAUAAGAAGCUUCCAUCAAUGAUGGAUAACCUACCACUUUUGAUAAGAAA